AGCUCGCCAAGAUGAUGUCCAUGAACAGCAAACAGCCGCACUUCGCCAUGCAUCCCUCUUUACCCGAACACAAGUAUACCACCCUGCAUUCCAGCUCGGAAGCUAUAAGGAGAGCCUGUCUGCAAACUCCACAGUUACAGAGUAACAUAUUUGCGAGCCUGGAUGAGACGCUGCUGGCUCGGGCUGAGGCUUUGGCGGCCGUGGACAUCGCCGUGUCCCAGGGCAAGACGCAUCCGUUCAAGCCCGACGCCACCUACCACACGAUGAGCACGGUGCCAUGCUCGUCGACAUCCACCGUGCCACUAGCCCAUCACCAUCAUCACCAUCACCACCACCACCACCAGAACCUGGAGCCACCGGACAUCAUGGACCACAUCAGCUCGCCGUCUCUCAGCUUAAUGUCCAGUGCGCACGACGUGGCGGGCGGCGGAGGUGGAGGUGGCGGCGGAGGUGGCGGUGGUGGGCUCAUCUCCACCUCCUCUGCUCACCCGCACUCUCACAUGCACGGUUUGAGUCACCUCUCCCACCAAGCUAUGAGCAUGAACUCACCUCUCACCCACCACGGGCUCUUACCGGGCCAUCACGGGGGAGGUCAAGGCGGCCCUGGGCUCACAAACAACGGACUUCCCUCCAUUAAUGACUCGGACACAGACCCAAGGGAGCUGGAGGCUUUCGCGGAGCGCUUCAAACAGCGGAGGAUCAAGCUGGGGGUGACCCAGGCGGACGUGGGCAGCGCUUUGGCUAAUCUCAAAAUCCCCGGCGUUGGAUCACUGAGCCAAAGUACAAUUUGUCGAUUCGAGUCUUUAACUCUCUCCCACAACAACAUGAUUGCGCUCAAACCCAUCCUCCAGGCCUGGCUAGAAGAGGCCGAGGGGGCUCAAAGGGAAAAAAUGAGCAAACCUGACAUUUUCAACGGAGGAGAAAAGAAACGCAAGAGGACCUCGAUAGCAGCCCCAGAAAAGAGGUCUUUGGAGGCUUACUUCGCCGUACAGCCUCGACCGUCGUCCGAGAAAAUAGCAGCUAUAGCUGAAAAGUUGGACCUGAAAAAAAAUGUGGUACGAGUGUGGUUUUGUAACCAAAGACAGAAGCAGAAGCGGUUGAAAUUUUCCGCGGCUCACUGAUGGGCGAAGAAGAGAAAUUGAAAAAAAAAAUUAAAAAAACAAAAAAGUUGUGUGACUGAAUUUGGGGACCAAGGGACACCGAGACACCAUUUUCAGUCUUUUGUCUCCAGCGAUUUUACACGCUGGUGCACAAUGGACUUUAGAUACCCAUUUUAUGAGGCUUCAUAUAUCUUGUUUAUUUUCACGUUAUCGGUGAAUGUGAAGUAUGCAAAUAACAGAUUACACAAACUUCGCUCAGAUGUUACCAGGGAAAAGUUUAGCGACGUCGACAUUGCCUUUUAAAUAAAAGAAAAGAAAAGAAAAAACUUGUGGAAAGAGGUAAUUUGCUCGAUACUAUAGCGAGUUAUUUUCUCCGAAUAGGCCUGUUAUUUUGAAGUAUAGCCAUUUACGAAUUACCUCACUGAUUGUUAAAUGUGGUUUGGGUUUGAUCUUUUCUGUCGUUGAUAUAGACUAAGUCAUGACUGUUCAUUUAUUCAUCCGUUCAUUUAUUCUUAUUUGGAGGCUGCUACGAACUGAAAUUUAGUUGCAAACUUUUUAUGGCUAUCGGAAAAAGAAUUAUUUUUCAGGCCUGCAUGAAAUCCUAAUUCACGGGAAGUAAUUUAGCCUGUGUGGGCUGUCACAUCUGCAGAUAUAUUUAUUUUGAAUUUGCACAAAGGACCCUUUAGGUUUCUAGAUCGGCUAUGUCGAAAUGCGUUUGUAUAUACAGACAUCACUUUAUCACUUAACAGAGGUGAGCUCCUGUGUUCUGGAAACAAAAUUAAUAAGGGGGAGGGGGUCUAUCUGCACCAUUGGCAUCACUAGGAAAAGUUUCAGACAGAUCAGAGCAUGAGAGCUCUGUCUGCAUCAUUAAGGAGAGAUCGCAAUCAAUAACAGAGGGUUUUCGUUCUUUCAUGUG